AGAAAAAACUUCCCGUGUCCAUCAUUUCACGAAGGCUUUAGCCAUCCCACACCAGUUGCCCAGCAGCUAGCAUCCCGGAGAGAAAACCCCCUAAAAUGGCCCCUAUCUCCAUCAAGAGCGUCUUAAUCAGUGAAAGUGUUGACCCCCGAUGCAAGACGAUUCUGGAGGAAAAUGGCAUCCGAGUCACGGAAAAACAGAACAUGAAGAAGGAUGAGUUAAUGGCGGAAAUUAAGAACUACGAUGGCCUCGUGGUUAGAUCUGCAACGAAGGUAACAGCUGAUGUUAUCGAUGCUGCCAGUAAUCUCAAAAUCAUUGGGAGAGCUGGGACUGGUGUGGACAACGUGGAUGUUGAUGCUGCUACCAAAAAGGGUGUUAUUGUCAUGAACACACCAAGUGGUAACACGAUCAGUGCCGCUGAGCUGACAUGUGCCCUGCUAAUGAGCCUCUCAAGAAAUGUGCCUCAAGCGGCGAUGUCGAUGAAGCAAGGCAACUGGGAUCGCAAAAAGUUCAUGGGUGCAGAGCUGUAUGGCAAGGUACUCGGAAUAGUUGGACUUGGAAGAAUAGGAAAGGAAGUCGCCUCCAGAAUGCAGUCAUUUGGCAUGAGGACUAUCGGCUAUGAUCCAAUCACUCCUCCUGAGGUAUCUGCCAGCUGGGGGGUGGAGCAGAUGUCUCUGGAGCAACUUUGGCCCCAGUGUGACUAUAUUACUGUCCACACUCCCCUAAUUCCCUCUACUGUUGGUCUGCUUAAUGAUGAGUCAUUUGCUAAAUGCAAGAAAGGAGUGAAAGUUGUGAACUGUGCACGAGGGGGUAUCAUCGAUGAGGCUGCUCUCCUCAGAGCUUUGGAGUCCGGACAGUGUGGAGGAGCAGGGCUCGAUGUCUUUGUUGAGGAGCCUCCUAAGGACCGUUCUUUGGUCAACCACCCUAAUGUCAUCAGCUGUCCUCACCUGGGAGCCAGCACGAAGGAGGCUCAGGCUCGUUGUGGGGAGGAUGUUGCUCUGCAGAUUGUGGACAUGGUGAAUGGCAAGAAGCUGAUCGGAGCAGUAAAUGCGCAGGUGUUGGCCAGCACGUUCUCCCAGGAGUCUCACCAACUGAUCAAACUCGGAGAAGCUGUCGGAGCUGUGCUGCAGUCAUGCACGACUUCUAAGAAACCGUUAAGCCAUGUUCAAAUCACUACUGAAGGGGAUUGCAUGAAGUCCUCCACUGGUUACAUGACUUCAUCAGUACUGGUUGGACUGCUGAAUCAUGAACCUGGCUGUUGCCCAAACCUCAUCAAUGUACUGAGCCUAGCCAAGGAGGCUGGAAUCACGGUGAACCAGACCCACUGUGCGUCUGACGGCUCUGCCAGUGGUGUGUGUAAAGUGGAGAUUGUGACCAAUGGCUGCAGCUACAAAGCGAGUGGUUCAGUUCAAGGUGGUGUGCCAGUCCUGCUUGAGCUGGGCGGCAGUGUGUUCAGACAGCCGGUCUCUCUUACUGGAAAUCUGCUGUUCUUCAAAGCCUCCACAAAUCCUCAGCUCCUGUCCUCAGUGGCCGGACUGCUGGUCAAACAGGGAGUGGAGAUCGAGUCUUUCAGCGCUCCUGCAGACCGCACUGGGGAGCUGUGGUAUUGUGUGGGGGUGUCCUCUCCCCUGGGAGACCUCAGUGCCUUGAAGCCUUUAGUUCAGGAGGCAGCACAGCUCACCAUUUAAAUGAUAGCAGCCAGCGAGGCUUAUCUGAGAACCUUAACAUCCAAGAGCGUCUAACACAACUGAUCCGUCUUGGUCUUUGGCGUUUACAACUAACAACUUGUCUAGAAGUUGAACACUCGCAGUUUAAAACUUGCAUUUUGAUAACAUUCCAGUGCGUAGAUGCUUUACAUGCACUUUGUUGAAGUAGAAGUGAAUGAUGUCUUACAGUUUUGUGUGCUGUUCAGUUUGUUGUUUGACCUUUUUAAAGCAGAAAUGUAAAAUAAAAGUACUCUAACUAAA